AUCGACUCACCGAACCCCCAAAUCAGUCUGCUAUCUUAACACGCAUGCGCUCACUACUGCGUAAUGGAGCAGGUGUGAUAAACACGAGUGUAUUUCUUUCCAUUGUAGUGUAUGAUAUAUUUUUUGUGUGUUGUUUUUAUAAUGACUCCCAUGCAGUACAGAAUCCACCCUAUCCCACACUCCACCCUGUCCCACGAGACCUCCUAGUUAAGUCAACACACGUUAGGAGAAGACAAACAAUUAAUUACUACCAUAUAGUGGUUAACUUUUUUUGCAUUGGGUAUAACGUGGCGAGUAUAAUAAACAAAAAUGUCAUUUUCAAACAUUAAAAUGCAUUUUAAAUAAUUUUAAAAAGUAAAAAAAAAAAAAAAUGGUAACAUUGGUAUUAUAAGUGAUUAUAGAAUGUAGCCUACACAAAAAAAGUCAAUUAUAAAAUGACUUAAUCGACCUGAAUUCAUUAGGUUAUACCUACCAUAUCCACUUUGCAGUCCAAAUGAACCUCUCUCUGUGUCUCCCUCCCUUUCUCAGCCACCUCCUCUUUCUCUCUCUGACUCAGUCCGCUGAACUCACUUCAGUGUUUCAGGAGUUUAUACAGUUUGCUGUUCAUCAUAGAUGGCACAGACAAUCAAAACUCAAAAACUACAGACUAAACCUUUGGAUCACCCGUUAUUACUUUUGCUGCUGUAAUGUGAUGUCGCUUGUUAAAUGGGACGCAUUGUAUCGGAUCUCUCAAGGAUCAUGUGGGGGCAUCAGGACAUGGAUCACAGGAUGUGUGUAUGAGUUGAGCUAGAGCUCAGGCCAGUGAUGGAGGCAGGACUGAACUGCAGCUCUCACUGUGAGUCUGGCGUCUGCUUCAUCUACCCAGGAGUGAACAGCCAGCAGGGCUGGGAUGUCCUGCAGAGACUCUGUGCGCUCUCAGCGAGGGGUGUGGGUGUACAGAGUCAAUCUCUGUCUCCUGCUCUUCGGGCUGUGGUCUGGACGCUGCUCUCUUGUGGGAUUCUGCUGACUCUUUUCUUCCUCAUUUUCACUCUGCGCUUCAAAAACAACAGGAUAGUGAAGAUGUCCAGUCCCAAUCUGAAUGUGUUGACUCUCUGUGGCAGUGUACUCACAUACAGCAGCGGCUUCUUAUUCGCCGUGGAGGAGAGAGAACUACUGUCAGGAGCAGGAUCAAGAGCUGUCUUACAGGCGCGGAUGUGGACACUGUGUAUUGGCAGCUCUCUGGUGUUUGGCCCCAUUCUUGGGAAAACAUGGCGGCUCUACAGAGUGUUCACUCAGCGUGUGCCCGACAAGAGAGUGAUUAUUAGAGACAUCCAGCUGAUGGGUUUGGUUGCGUUACUGGUCCUAGUGGAUGUUGUUGUUCUGUCAACAUGGGGCCUGACGGAUCCGAUCAAGUGCUCUCGGUCUAUUAGUGCUAUGGUGAAGGUAAUAGAGCUGGAUGCAUCCUACUCUCUGACCCAGCUAGACUCCUGUUCUUCUCACUACUCGGACCUGUGGGUAAUCCUGCUCUCCGUGCUUAAGGGCAGCCUCCUCUUGUACGGCACGUAUCUUGCCGGCCUGACAAGCAGUGUCAGCUUACCUCCAGUAAACCAGUCUAUGACCAUCAUGGGUGCUGUCUGCCUGGUUACCCUGUCGACCGCUGUGGCCGUGCCUGUCUCUCUUUACCUGUAUGCCUGGCCCAAUGUGGUCUACAGUGUAGUGUCUGGAGCCAUCUUCAUCUGUACAAUGGCCAUAAACUGUCUUCUGUUUGUCCCUCAACUGACCCAAUGGAGACAGUUUGAAGAGGAGACAAACUCUCAUCCCAGUCAAAUGGCCAAAUACUUCAGUAGUCCUAGCAAGUCCACACACUCCAUGUACAGCGAAGAUGAGAUCUAUUAUCUACUUGGAGAAAAUGACUCCAUGAAAAGACUCAUCAAUGAGAAGAAUGCCGUUAUUGAUAGCCUACAGGAACAAGUGAACAAUGCCAAGGACAAGUUACUCAAACUGAUGACUGCUAACCACCCCUUGGAUGAAGGAGAAAUGGACUCCUCCAACACUAACCUCAACUCCACCUCCACCCAAACCACAGUGGUAUCUCCUGAUUCUCCAACCCUUCUUCUAAAGAAAUAUUCAGAAGUUGCUCCCACCGGAGUUCUCUCUCCACCUCCCUAUGUACCUCCUCCACCACUUCCCACUCACACUACCUCAAAGCAAAUGUCCCCUGAAGGUUCAGUAGCUACAAAUUUUCCUUCUUCUCCACCACACCUGACGCCUCCACCUCAUAAAGUUGAGGCCAAUCAGGUUGUGAGUCUGAAUAUAAAUGAAGAAGAUGUAACUCCAGCCGUGAACAAUGUUAGAAACUCAGGUCUUGAAAGAGAAAAUUUGGAGAAGUCACUAGAUGUGCCUUCGGAUCAGGACACAAUAGCACAGGGUUCCCCCCCUUUGGAUCCGGCUUGGUGUAGUUCACCUCAGGUUGAGUCUCCAGAGCCAUCAGCCUCCAUGGAGAUUCCAGCCAUGUCAUCAGCAGGGCGCCUGGGUUUUGUAACCAAUGAGCAGCUGGUGGAGAUCUUGCAGGACCUGAGUGUGGAUGCUAUAAGCAGUUCUGUCAAAUCGCCUGAUCGGGCGCGGAGUCCGACCAUCAAUACAGAUGAUCUGAAUGUGGCUCUUUCUCCUCGAUCUCCUCUACAUUUCCUUUUCCCCACCAUCUCACCCUAUCUCAUGCGUAAACGCAGACCUCCAUUUUACUCCUCACGAGGUGGACCUCCCCCUUACUAUUUUCCAGGCUCUGUACCUCCAGGGCGCAGUAGGGCAUCAGCACUACCAGACCAUGAAAAGUUGAGGGAUGAUGACUCUAAAACUAGUCCCACCAGCAACCCUCAAAGACAUGACUUUUGGCAUGAGGGAAAGAGGAGAAAGAGGGGUGAGAAAGCAAAGACUCGGCGGAGCUCUGGACAGGACAAUUGGGAAUGUUCUUCUCACAAAUGUUCCAUUACUCCUUUCACAGGACAGGUUCCUCAGCCUGCCUCUGCUGGGCUGAUAGAGGGGGUCAAACACUCAGAGGAGCCCUAUGACUACUCAGACUCAGACUCAAGCAGCUCAGAGGACUACUGUUACUACCAGCGGCCCUACUGUGGGGCCUGUCAUCACCCCUACUACUCAACAGACAGCCUCACCUCAGGGACCUCUGACAGCGAGGAUGAGGACUUCUACCGCUCUGCACAUCCUGUCGUGAACUUUAAAGUCGACCUUAAACCAACCUUUGUCUGAACAGACUGCACAUCCAUUAUUUAUAUAUGGGUCAGUGAUAAUGAUGCUUUUUUUGUUUUGUCUAAACCUGAUUAAGUUAUUCAGAUAUACACUAGGCUACCUAGUUUGGAAUAAUUUCAAUUUUAAGGUUUUUGAAAGAAGUCUCUUAUUCUCACCAAGGCUUUUAUUAAAAAUUAUUCCAAAAUUUGGCCAGUGUACAAUACAAAUGCACUUCAUGCAGACUUGAAUACACCUUUUUUAUGAUGGACAUGUUUUAUUUAAAACCUGCAUGUUUAAUAAAAAUGUAGAUAUUUUUGAUGGUGCUUAAAGUCAAAAAUAUCUAUGUUGUAUAAUGUCAUAAUGGCUGAAUUCUAGAAAAAAAAUUAAUUAAAGGGUUCACCCAAAAUUGAAAAUUCUGUCAUUAAUUACUCACUCUCAUGUUGUUCCACACCCGUUUUACGAUCUCACCAACACAAACAUUUUUUUAAAUGUCAAAGUGGUAGUCGUGUAGCUGUCUAUGCAGGGAUAGAAAGCUCUCAGAUUUCAUCAAAAAGAUCUUCAUUUGUGUUCCGAAGAUGAACGAAAGUCUUACGGGUUUGGAACGACAUGAAGGUGAGUAAUUAAUGACAGAAUUUUAAUUUUUGGGUGAACUAACUCUUUAAGUGGUUGAAUAAGUAUAAUUAAGUGGUAUAAUUUAUUAUUAUUUAUAUUAUUAUUUUAUUAUUAAUUUAUUAUUAACUAAAUCAUAAAAACAGGGAAUGAUUUGAAAUGAUUGAAAUUUGUAAGAUAUGGCAAUACAUAUACAAAUGUUUGACAACAGUUCUUUUAACCCUAAUCGUUCAUUUCAUUCUUAAACAACCAUGUAGGAAGAUGUAUCAUGGCCAUAUUUUAGGAUGACAAAGCCUAGAAUAAUCAGGCUCAAAUUGUGAACGAAUGGUUGUAAGAAUCUUUUUCACAUAUGAAUUGAGUCCAGACCUUAAAGUGCCCCUAUUAUGGCAUUUGAAAGUUUUGUUUUGGAAGUCCCCAAUUACAGGUUUACAAGGAUGCAAGGUCAAAAAACACUUUCAUUGUCUUAUUAUAUGCAUUUAUUUUUACCUUAUUUGCUCAACGACUCCCAAAUGAUUCGCUCAACGAUUCAUUUUUCCAAACCCCUUGUUUGCGUGACGCUAAUCUGAGGUGAUUGGUCAGAUGACUUCUGCUGGUUAACACGGAGUACAGUAUAGUGCUUGCAUCACUUACAUUGUAUUAUAAUAAUGAUGGUGCUCCGCUCUGUUCUGAAAAUAAAGACUAAGUUGUUCUGUGUUUAUGUUAGUGAACCUAGCCCAAAGCUCGGUGGUAAACACCCAAACAGUCAUGGUAUAUGUGUUAGCCCAACGCAGAAACGUAUUGAUAAAGCACUGCAGUUGUACACUAACGUAUUGCUCUAUUCUUUAUCAUAACUCCAAGUAAUAACAACAACAAACAUUUGACACAUUUCUAGACAUUUGCGAGCGAACACAUAUUGCUGUUAGCUGGUUAGCCGGAAACAUACAAGCUGCGCGGAGCGUACACAACACAAACAACUAAAUACGUCUUAUCCAUGCUACAAAGAACAUAACAGCAACAAUUACUAAUCAUACUUACCGGUUGUAAUUCGGAGGAGGAAGAAGCUGGUCCAAAUAAACUGGGUACUGACCCAUCCUUCAGUAACAACCGGCUUACGAAUCCCUCGUUGAGUGCAUUUAGGUUGGAGAAGCAGUCGUCAGUAAAAUGAUGGGAACACAGCACAAGGUUCGGGCUAUACUGCUGUGGUAUCGUUGUAAAAAUGAACUUUAACCACUGAUUCUUCAUGUAUUGGCAGUGUUUGAGGGGUUUCACGGUUUCCCUGGUGUCUGCGCAUGCAAUAAGUGGGCGGGCAAGAUGCUAAUGUUUCGUUUUGACGUCACAACAAAACGGGUUGGGAUUCAUUUUACAAAUGAAUCAUUUAAUUGACUCAAAGUCGACUCUUACUUUUGAGAGACAAUAACUUUAUAUAUGGUGCACUUUCAGAUUUAAAGCUUUGCAGGAUGUUUUCAUUCACUUAGAGCCAUGUUACACACUACAUGACAGGUAAUUUUCAAAAAUCCAUAAUAGGGGUACUUUAGAUUCAUUGAAAGUCUUUGGGAUGUGCUGGAGGAGACUUUACAGAGUGCUUGACUCUUGCAUUGUCAAUACAAGAUCUUGACCAAAUAUUGAUGCACCUCUUAUUUCCAUCAAGAGGUGCAUCAAUUUUUGGUCAAGAUCUUGCAAGAUGCAAGAGCACUCUGUAAAGUCUCCUCCAGCACAUCCCAAAGACUUUCAAUGAAUUUAAGGUCUGGACUCAGAGGUGCCAAUUCAUGUGUGAAAAUGAAUCUUCAUGCUCCCUCCCAACCAUUCAUUCACAAUUUGAGCCUGAUGAAUCUUGGCUGUCAUCUUGGAAUAUAGCCAUGAUACAUCUUCCUGCAUAGUUAUUUAAGUAAUGAAAAGCUACACACUCCAUCACUGAGAGUUAAAAGAACUGCUGCCAGACAUAUAACAUGCUAGAAACACAAUAAUCACUGCAGUAAUGAUCCAGUCAUAGACUCUAUAGGCAAGUCUUUGCCUAUUUAAAUCCAAACAGCGACUUUUUUACGGCCGGGCAGUGUAUGUUUGAAAACUGUUUAAAGAUGUGUACACAUAUUUUAUUCAUUUAUUUGAUGGUCACAUCACUUUUUAGAGUUUUUAGGCAUUUUUACACUCAUUAAAGCUAUAUUACAAGUGAGGGGGAAAUGCACAUAAUGUACAGGGUCAUAAAGUAAUGGCAUGGUGGUCUUGCUUCUCUGAUGGAAAUGAGCCAUUUUUGUGUGAGCCAAGAGCCAAUUCCUGUGUCUGUUUUAAAAAAUUAUUUGUUUACACUUAUUUCUUCAAGAAAGCUAUUAUUUUCAUAUCCAUACACCUUUUAUACAUUUCAGUAAUUCAAAUUUAAUUAAAAAUUUUAGGUUAUGAGUAUGACUGAUUUUUACAAUAUUAUUUACAUUCAUUUGAAUUUAGAAACACUGCAAAACCUAAAAGAGAAAUUAGAUAAGAAGGAAUAUGCAAAUAUUGUCAAAACAAAACCCAAUCAGCUGUGAAGUUAGCUUUUAGUGUGUUUUGUAUUGCAUUGACUGUUUGAACUCUUAUGUGAUGUAGUGCCUUGGUCAUUUUAGGUUGCAGUUCUGUGAUAUUCAAUAUCAAUUAAAUCUUUCCAAUUGAUAAAUCUUUUUCAUGCAAUAUUAAAACUCUUUAUUAAACAUUCCAUAGUCAUUGCUUUGAAGAUACAUUUUGUGAAUAGUAGUCUGUCUCAUUCAGAAUGCUUUACAACAUACUUGGUUUUUAUUUCUGACUAGUCUUUUGAUGUGUUCCAUUUUGUUUGAUAGAGGAUAAUAUGUUUACCAAGGCUGUUAUAUAUGUGUUUAUCUCCUCAUUUAUCUAAUUUAAACUUUAAGGAGCAGGAAAUGUGACUGAAAAGCUGCAUCUUAUGUUAUUUGUUUAAACAGUGUUUUUCGAAACCGAAUUAUUUUGCAUAUAUUGCAUUUGUGUAAAUAUUUAAGUGUGUGUAAAUGUUUAUGUGUCUAUGUCCCUCCUGUAAACAUGCUUUCUCUAUGAACCUAAAUUUAUUGAAUCACUCUUAGUAAGCAUUGAACAUCUACAAACAAAUACAGGAACAUGAUCACAUACUAAAAGACUGAAUGUAACUGAUAAGAUUUGUGCUUAUAUUAUGUGAAUAAAUGUGUGCACAACUGUA